UUCACCAAGUUACUGUUGAGAUGAACUACGAACAGAGAGUGAUAUUUGAACAGAGAAGUGUGAAAGGUUGCGAUGGUGAUAGGAACAAAGUACGAGACGCACGAAGGGUUACGAUUGGGUUCGCGAUCGUUAGAUGCGAUUGGGGUUUGCGAAGAGAUUGUAGAUGGAAUUGCUUAUGCGAUUUUGAACACAGAUGGAAUUGCUUCGGGCUAAGUCAUUGAAUUUGUAGGUAGCCAUUAACCAUCACAGUCGUCUCGUUCAUCCGACCACCACUGCGAAUUGUAACCCCAAACAUACCACAGAUCCAUCCAACCAACAAAUAUUCUCGUGUUUCCUUUCGCCGACAUUGCCGCCGCGACAAAGGAUUGGUGAUUGGUUGAUUGAAGAAGCAAAACUGUUAACCGGAGUACGCUCUCAAGUUGAGGCAAUUCAAGCUGAGCUAAGCUGGAUGAAAUGCUUUCUAAAAGAUGCAGAUGCAAAGCAUAAAGCUGGGGCGACAGAGCGCAACUUUGUUAUAGAGAUUCAAGACAUUGCUUAUGAUGUUGAAGAUGUCAUCGAAACUUUUGUCCUCAGAUUAUCAUCCAGGAGGGGGAGAAGUGGAGGUGAUAUCCGAUACUUUUUUAUAAGAUAUGCUUGCAUCUUUAACAAAUUUAUACACCACCACAAUGUUGGGUCAGAGAUCAAGGCUAUUAAAAUCAGGAUUUCUGAACUCUCCACAAGUUUAGAAACUUAUAAGAUCUACGGCGGAAGGAGAUCAAGGGUCAUCAAGUUCGGCACACGAAAGGCACCGUCUACUAAGACGAACAUAUUCCCAUGUCAUUGAAGAGGAUUUCAUAGGCUUGGAGAGUGAUGUGAAGAAUUUGGUGGAACAUCUGUUGAAUGAAGACGAAGAUAGUUACAACUGGCAUCAAACUGUUUGUAUUUGUGGCAUGGGUGGUUUGGGCAAGACCACUCUUGCUCAAAGAGUGUACAACCACAACAAUGUUAACCGUCACUUCGAUUGUCUUGCUUGGGCUUGUAUAUCUCAGCAACUCCAGAAACAAGAUGUUUUGCAAGGGAUUUUGAUUAAAUUUGUCCCUGAGAAAAAGGAGGAGAUUCGUGGUAUGAGAGAUGAGGAGCUAGUCAGGAUGCUCUUUGAUGUUCAGCAGAAGAAAAAGUGCUUGAUAGUUGUGGACGACAUUUGGACAGUGGAGACCUGGGAUAUUUUGAGAUCUGCAUUUCCAAUUGGAAAGAAGAGCAAUAGCAGAAGCAAAGUAUUACUCACCACCCGUAAUAAAGAAGUGGCUCAAUGUGUGAAUCCAGAGGGACUCUUCCAUGAACCACCAUUUUUGACAGAUGGUGAAGCUGGGAACUGCUUCAAAAGAAAGCAUUUAGAAGAGCAGAUGCUUCAUCAGGACAUGAAAAAAAGAUGGAGGAGUUAGGGUGGAAAAUGGUUAGAAAUUGUGGAGGCCUACCAUUAGCUAUUGUUGUGUUGGGAGGUAUUUUGGUAACCAAACAUACAGCGAGGGAGUGGGAGAUGGUGCAUGGGAAUAUUAAUUCAUACAUGAGUAAGGGCAUUGGUGUGGGACAACAACAUAGAGGAGUAUCACAAGUCUUGGCAUUAAGUUACGAUGAUUUACCAUAUGAGUUGAAGCGAUGCUUUCUCUAUUUAGGCAGCUUCCCAGAGGAUUCUCAGAUAAAUUUAGAGAAACUAUAUCAAUUGUGGAUGGCUGAAGACUUGGUAUUGUUAGAUGAUGUGGGAGGAGAAGACACAAUAAUGGACGUUGGAGAGCGUUACUUAAGUGAACUGGCACAAAGAUACACUGUUCAGUUGGGAGUACAGGAAGAGGACUUCAGCUUUGGACGCUUUCAAAAUUGCAGCCUUCACGACAGGAUGCGAGAAGUAUGCUUGUCAAAAAAUAAAGAAGAAAAUUUCUUGAAUGUCUUUGAUUUUGGAAAGAGAAAGGGGACGAAGCCUUUGGAUUCCUCUUGCUCUUCAUCAUCAUCCAAUGCUAAAGUACGCAGAAUUGUGAUCCAUUUGGGCAAUGAGGAGGAUUAUAAAGAUGAUCCACGUGAAUUGGUUUCUAAUUUUGAACACGUAACAACUCAGGGCCACCUUCGAUCAGUACUUAUAUUUGGGGAUGAUAGACUGAUAAUGGAUUCCCAUUUUAAAUACUUGAAGGUGUUGACAGUUCUUCAUCUUGAAGGAGUGAAACUUGUAGGAUUUCCGAAAGCAGUAGGAAAGUUAAUCCACUUGAGAUAUUUGAAUUUAAGAAACUGUGAACUACAAGGUAAGUUGUCAUCAUCGAUAGGCAACUUGAGAUGCUUGCAAACCCUAGAUUUACGGGAUAAUUAUGCGAAUUUGAUAAUACCAAAUGUGUUAUGGAAGAUAAAAAAACUUAACACAUCUAUAUCUUAAUGAAGAUUGUAUAGAAAGAAAUGCAAAAUUGAUCAGAUUGGAUGGGUUGAGCAAGCUCGAGAUUCUGGAAAAUUUCAAUUCAAGAUGUGGUGAUGUAAAAGACCUAUUGAAGCUAACCAAUCUUAGAAAACUGGGAGCAGAAAUUGACGUGGUGGCCUUCAUCAAUUAUCUAAGCAGCACCGAGAAUCGACAACGGCUUUUGUCAAUUACUAUUUCUCAUAACUUUGAAUCAGAGGAAGAGUCAAUUCUUUUGAGAAGACUGUUAGUGUUACCAUUUGAAUGCAUUGUGUUUAAUAGGGAUUAUAGGCGGUGGUAAGUUACCUGUAGAACACCACCACUUCUCUCGAAGCCUUACUAGAUUGGUAUUAACAGAAUCUAAACUCCAGGAGGACCCAAUGGCAACACUGGAGAAGCUGCCUAACUUAAGAUACCUCUCCUUGUGGGCUCAUGCUUUUGAGGGGGUGGAAAUGGUUUGCUCUAAGGAGGGUUUCCCUUAACUCAAAUCUCUACAACUCUGCAAUUUAUCCUACUUGGAGGAGUGGAGGGUGGAUGAAGGAGCCAUGCCCAAUCUUUCUUCUUUACAAGUUAUAGAUUGCAGGAGAUUAAAGAUGGUUCCCGCUGGAUUGAGAUUCCUCAACACCCUCCAGCAAUUGAUUGUAGAUGACAUGCCAGAAGCAUUUGUUAGAAGACUUAGAGUGGUAGAUGGAGAAGAAGGAGCAGAUCACUACAAAAUCCAACACGUCCCUCACAUUCACUUUUUGAAUAAGCUGCAAUCCACAGCUAGAAUUGGACCUUGUGCUAACUGGGGAGAUCAUGGUGAGUGCUGUCACAUGACCAUGUAUUAUAUAAAUGUUGGUCUUAUUUCUUCAUCAAAUUUUAAUGGGAUUACCCAAGGUGUGACUGCAUGAUUGAAGCUCGCGGGGUGUUUGAUGAAAUGCUCAAGUGAGAUGCUGUCUCAUGGAAAUGGGUUUUGCAUAAAGAAGCUUGUGGGUUUGUAUUAUCAUAUGAUAAAUGAUUAUUCUGAUUGGAAAUUGUUUGUUAAUAAUUUUACUCUUGCUAGUGUUCUUAAGGCUUGUGCUGGUUUGGAUUUUUCUUUGCAGAACAGUGCACUGUUGUUCAAUAAAAUUAACUUUUGAUUCGGAUA